AUGGACCCGGAAGUCGCCCUUGCUACCCUUGAGUCCACCGUGGCCGACCUCUCGACGCGCUCGCGCUCCAUCUGGUCGCCCCGCUGCUCGGUCCCGGAUCAGCUGCCUCUUGCCCAGAGCUUCCUGCUGGCCACACGCGUCGCCUUCGCGGGACAUUCGUGGUCGUCGCCGCCGCCGUCCUUGACCCGUGGUCUGGAGCCGGACGAGGAGAGCAGCGACGAUGACGAUGGCGGCGCCAUCCUUGCUGCGCAGAGCCUGGGCAGCCAACUGGGCCGCCGCGAUGUGACGGAGGAGGCGCCCAGGCGCGCCAUGUUUCCGCUACGCCAUCUACCUGAGCUAUGUCUACGGUGGUGA